AUGGGAAUCUUUAUAUCCUAUGUGGAUACCGCCAUUGUCAAAGCUAAUAAUCGGAGCUUGAGCUUUGUCCUGCUUGUCUAUAUCAUGUUGAGCUUCCUCUGUGUGUUCUUGUUCCUUGGUCAUCCACUGGAUAUAACCUGCAUACUGCGUGUCACCACUUUUGGUAUCAUCUUCUCUACGGCUGUGUCCUCUCUUCUGGCCAAAACAAUCAUGGUUUACAUUGCUUUUACAGCCGCCAAACCUGGCAGCUACUGGAGGAAAUGGAUUGGAAGCAAACUUCCGAAUUCUGUAGUAUUACUGCUUUCAUCUGUUCAGGUUAUGAUAUGUCUUGCUUGGUUGUCUGUAUCUCACCCGUUUCAGGAAAUGGACAUUUAUUCUUAUCUGGACAAGAUCGUCAUUCAGUGUAAUGAAGGGUCAGUUAUCGGGUUCUACUCUGUGUUGGGUUAUAUGGGGUUUCUGGCAGCUGUGAGUUUUGUUCUGGCUUUCAUGGUGAGGACAUUACCGGACAGUUUUAAUGAGGCCAAGUACAUC